GUAAAAUCAUACAUGAGGAAGGCAUAUGGCUGUCAUCGCAAGCUUUGAAGCCAGGAAGGUUCACCGAGCUACCAGGGGCCUUGCCACUAGCAUCUCCUUGACCUUUAAGCACCUUUUCCUGUGCCCGUUCCUAGAGCUGAAUAGUUCGCUUUUCAGGCGGCCAGACAGGAACUACGCUCUGUCUUUCCUGACGAUCAUCCGUAGAGCGGCUUGGCUUGUGCAGUGUAGAAGUUAAACUAUAGGCACAAUUUGGAUUUAGUGCUUUCAUUUAGGUUUCCUGAUCUACUAAGUUGCGAACAAAUCAGUGAGGGACAGCAAGCACGCGAAGCGGAAGCUCUACCCGAAAUCGCUUGUGCCAUGGCUUCAGAAAGCCCGAACACAGCAGACGCUUUGGAUGGACCUAAUAAGAAAUCAAGGUUCGAGCUUUUCCACUUGCCGGACUCUCUCGAUGAUGCCAUGGUUCAGCCCGGAAGCUCCGCUGCCCAGCAACAACUUCCAGCGGAUGAGGCUCGGCGACAGCUGGGAACCCUCCAGCUAGGUCCCAGCGAUGAUCUUGUACCACGGUCUGCAAGUACAUCUGCUGGCGGUGCGAGAACUGCCACCGCUCCCUCCGAUGCAGCAGCUGCGGCGCAGCAGCCGGCAGCAGGCGCAGCUCCCGGCGCAUCAGCUUUGGUGGAAACAUCAGCCGGGGCCGCUCCCGGCCCGGCAGCAACAGGCGAACACCUGCGGAGUGGCAUGCUUUCACAGCCGCGAGAGGGGUCGCUGGAGCCCGCAGCCUCGGAUCCUGGGGUGUGCAUCAGCGUGGACCUAGCUGCGGGCAGCAGCGUGCUGGAGGGGCUGGCAGCUGACGAGGGGGAGGCGGAGGUGGUCAGUCGUCGAGUGGAGGCGGG